AUGGCCGGAGACUUGGCAAAACAAGAAGGGCUUGGAAGUGAAAUUGACAAGGAUGAGCAGCUAAUUCCACUCACUGUUCCUUUGGCUGCAGAAAUUCCGGUGGUCGACCUCCGCCGAUUGCUUGCCGCCUCCACUGAUGCCGGCCUCUCCGACCUCCGCUCCGCUCUCAGCUCCUGGGGUUGCUUUCAGGUAGUAAAUCAUGGCAUUGAAAGCUCUGUACUAGCUGAGGUGCGCCGCAUCAGCAGAGAAUUCUUUGAGCUGCCGAUGAGCGAGAAGCACAAAUACGCCGGCGCCGAGGUCGACCAAGGCUACGGAACCGACCAACCCGUCGCCGACGACCAAUUUCCCGACUGCUCCCACUACUUACGCCUCCGUAUCUUCCCCGAAGAUCGCCGAAACCCCAUAUAUUGGCCUCAAAAUCCCGAUUCUUUCAGAGAGGUACUAGUGGAAUACAGUGAUAAGCUGAGAGGGGUGGCAGAAGAAAUACUGAAAUUAACGGGCAAGUCAUUGAAGCUAGGUGAUGAGGAGAGUUUUGUGAAGAAAACGAGCGUAAUGCACGCACAAUUCAACUACUACCCUCCAUGUCCGAAUCCCGACCGAGUUAUCGGAUUGAGACAACAUUCUGAUUGUUCGGUGAUAACCAUUCUGCUGCAAGCCGACCAAGUUGAAGGCCUUCAGCUGCUCAAAGACGACAACUGGCUCGCAGCUCCUAUAAUGCCUCACGCACUCUUCGUUUUCGCUGGGGAUCAACUCCAGAUAAUGAGCAAUGGGAUAUUGAAGAGCUGUGUGCACCGGGUUGUUAGAGGGAUCAGGUCGGAGAAGGAGAGGCGCACGUUAGCUGUGUUUUUCUCUCCAAAUAGUGCGGAGGAGAUUGGGCCGUUGGAUGAACUGUCAGUGUCUUGUGCCUGGGAGGGCAUAGUUUCUGGAGAGAGCCCGCUUUUUGGGCAUAUGGUGCAGGUAGGGCAUAAUGCUGCUAUAUUCCGCGAGAGAGGCAUGGAUAUGAAGCAAAGGCAUUCGGGGCAUGCAUGA